AUGUCACACCAGUCUUUCUCCGCUUUCGUAAAGGCAAGUGCAUAUUAUUCGCCCGCUGCGCAACCGUACAGAAAUCCGCGGCCUCAAUCUGCUAACGUUUCUUUGCCUUCACCGACGCCGCCGGCUACGCGCUUAUAUGCUGGCACAGGACCGUUGCCCAUAGAGGGAGAUGUUCUGGUCCCUCCAAAGCCUCAAAGGAAUCUCGCUGCAAAUUACGCAGCAACUGCCGCAACAGCAACGACCCUUUCGGAGACUCCGAGACUGGACAGGGAAGCCACGCAGGCCACGCACAAGCAGGUUUCGCGUCCCUGGCGGGAGACACCGCCGAAGGCCCUGAAUUCGAACUCGGGAUGGAAGAGUGUGAAGGGUGCUUUGCUGGCGUUGCAGAAGGACAAGAUUUCGGAUCUCGUGAAGCAGCGGUCCCAGGUCACCCGACAGGUGCGAGAUCGAAUUCAAGCCUUUGACAAGCGAGUGGCUAUUCUGUCGAGUGGCGGCAGAAAAGUUGCUGCCAACGAGUCUGCGGAGAAUAAUUCAGCCGGAGAUGCAGGUGACUUCGGCAGGUUGGAGUCCAGAUGGUUUGCAGACGACGAAAACGAGGCUGAUGAGUUGGAAGGAAUUCCCGGGAUGCCCUUCAAGGUGACCGGAUGGUCGUCUCAGCGAGGAAACUUCCCUGCGUUCAAUCUGCUUGGGACAUCCAGCUGCUGGCAAAGUGAGAUUGGAAAGACGAAGGACCAGCAUCUAAGCUUCGAAGUGGAAGACAUCCCUGCACCGGUUGUCGCCAUACAGAUGGAGGUUGUCACCAAGGAAGUGACGCCAAAGAGGUGCAGGAUGAUGUUCUCCACGAAUUCAGCGACUGGUCCCUGGCAAACUGCAUGGACGUUUACUGUGCCAGAGAAUGUGGCUGAGAAAGGCUCGACGAUUUUCUACAAGGCGAAGGAGGACAUGAAAGAGAAUGCCGAGUCUGCACCAUGGUGGCGCCUCGUGAUCCUUGACAACUAUGGCUCGCAGGCUUGCGUGGCCAUUGCGGCACCCCUAAAGUUGCUGGUCUCGGCAAGAGGCGAGCACAUGCGAAUGAAGCAAAUCAAGCGGAACACUAUCACUUUUCUGGAAGACUCCUUCUUCGCGCAGAAACACCUGAUGAGCAACUUGACAGCGGAGGAGCGAUUUGAUAG